ACACUCUCAAAAUGUGUAAUUGGGUUUCUUUUCUUUGGCUCCGUGCCUCUGAGGGUGUUAUUUAUUUACUCUACCUAUGUGUAUCGACAAUUAAUCUCUUACAGUUCAGACAAAACCAUGGACCCUGAAUAUUUCCAAUCUCAUAAUAUGUGUUGGGGAACCCUUGGAACGGUGCGACCGUUCCCCAAUUUCCACCCCGAGCGAGAUGCAAGGGAGAUCCAGACAGCGCUGCAGAAGAAAGACGCGGCGACCCUGGUGAGAAUCCUGACCAAUCGGAGCAACGCUCAGAGACAAGAGAUCUCCGAGACCUUUGAGAAAAUCACACAAAAGGACCUGGCGGUUGGAGUGAAGAAAGCAACGUCAGGACAACUGGAGAUUCUGCUGCUGGAGUUGUUGAUGCCUCCUCUGCAGUAUGAGGCGUUUCGCCUGCAACAAGCCAUGGCGGGGCUGGGCACAGAUGAGGAAACGCUGCUGGAGAUCCUGUGUACACGAUCCGGCGAGAAGCUUCGAGAAAUCAGCGCCAUGUACAAGCUUUUGUUCAAGAAGGAGCUGGAGAAGGAACUGAGAGGGGAAACCAGUGGGGACUUCACUAACCUUGUUUUGGCUUUGUUAAAUAAAGACAAUAUUUCUGUUGGAGUUCAAAAAGAUAUUGAGUCUCUGUCUGCUUCACUGAAGGGGAAAAAAGCUGAUGCGGGACCGUGGAUCAACAUUCUAACCUCUAGAGACUCGGAUCAUCUGAACAAAGUGCUGGACGGACUGGAGCUGGAGAGAGGACAGACCGUGGACCAGGCCCUGGAGACAAAGUUCACAGGGGACAUUCGACGGGGUUUGAAAGUUCUAGUACAGUGCAUCCAAAACCCUGGUGUCUACCUCGCCAAAAGACUAGUUAACACGAAGACCCCAAUAAUGCAAGGGAUUGUGAUUUCACACGCGGAGGAAGAUCUGCUGUGUAUCCGAGCUGCUUACCUUAAAUUAACAGGCACUUCUCUCUACACUGCUCUACAGAAGCAGUACAAAGGAGAUCAUCUACAGGCUCUGCUUGCCCUCUGUCGAUCUGAAGACUGAACAAAAGUUGUACACAUUUCAAGGUUACAUUAGAAAGAGACUUUGAAUUGAUACUUUACAUAUUUAAUGGAAUCUCAUUUGAUUAUGAAUUGGUUUUUUUUUUAAUGAAUAA